GGUAACUGAAUUAAUGAUUCGAGAUUCUAUUACACAUUAUUUCAGAAAUCCCAUUUACAUUUUUCUAUUGAUUGAGAGAUACAUAUAUCCUUUACAAUAAGUAUCUGGACUCUUCUUUUCUUUUGGUCAGUUGUGCCAUCUACUUUUAUCAAUUAGGCUUUAUUCUUCGCCCUUUUCCCUCUGCAUUAUCGAGAUCACGUAUUUAAUCAUUUUUUUGAUUUAAUUUCUAAAUUGAUCAAUCAUCUGUAUAUUUGAGAAUAACACCUAGCCUCCCUCCUUCAUCUACUUUUAUCCUUUCAGAUAUUCCAAAUAAGUCCUCCUACCUCAGAUAUCACUCUUAUCGUGGUCAUUCCGUCAUCGAUAUACACUUUAUCGAUUAUCUUGGGCUGCGCACAAGUUAGUUCAAUUCGUCAAUCAACCAAUUGAACUUCUUAGCCGACAUACUCCUUCUCCAAAACAUCUCCAAACGCAGUUACCGCCAGAACCAGUGGUACUUUCUAAUACUUAAGGCUUUGUACCAAUCUGCACAGCUUGAUUCUAGCGGACGCACGGCAAGUUCACACUUGUAUCCAACGGCAGUUACAUCAGCCUUCGAAGGAAUAUCGAAUCUCCAAUCAGAAUCCUCGGAUUGCAAAGCAGAUUUUUGGGGUAGAGGUAUCUUUGUAUCUUUUGGGACAGUACGGCUUUUGGCAUCUGGAAUAGUAUUAUUUAAGAGAAGGUGAACAUUCUUUCGGUGUUGGUUUUUUGGACAAUACGAAUCGUUGAGUAAAUCCGAAUAAAAGCAUAUUCGGAUCACUCUCAGAAGCUUGGAAAACCAAAUAUAUAAAAUCACUUGAUCAGUAGUUUUGAUCACGUUACAUUCAUAUACAAUCUUCUACUCAUCCUCGAAUCGAAAUUUAAAUUAAAAAUGGCUCCUUCAGCAAUCAGCACGGGUAACUCGCCCGAGGGACUUCGUCCAGUUGCCAUCAAUGGCGAGAAACUCAUGUCUUCUCUGAAGAUGAACAACCUCUCCCUCUCCCCAGAAGAAACACUUACCGGUAACUCCUCGGCCGAAACCCUCGACUUAGUCUGUGUCGGAUUCGGCCCAGCCUCCCUCGCCAUUGCCAUCGCUCUCCACGACGCUUACUCCAAAUCCUCGUUACCCCCACCAAAGGUUCUUUUCCUCGAGAAGCAAUCUGAGUUCGCAUGGCACGCCGGUAUGCAAAUCCCGGGUGCUCGCAUGCAAAUCUCUUUCUUGAAAGAUUUGGCUACACCCCGUGAUCCCCGAUCUAAGUUUACCUUCAUCAACUAUUUGCAUUCCAAGGGACGCCUGAAUACCUUUAUCAAUCUGAGCACUUUCUUGCCUUCUCGUAUGGAAUAUGAGGACUACUUGCGUUGGUGCGCUAGCCAUUUCGAGAAGCAAGGUUGUGUGAAAUAUGGUGCAAAUGUAGAUUCAGUUGUUCCUUCAUCGCCUUCGGCUGAAGAUGGAAAGAUCCCUGGCUUCACUAUUUCUUCCUCCUCAUCUUCUGGAGAAACAGUUACACACGCAGCGAAAAAUGUUGUCAUUGCUGUUGGUGGAAAGGCUAUUAUUCCUCCUGUUUUGCAAAACAAGCCUUGUGUAUUGCACUCCUCGCAAUAUGCCACUAGUAUCGGAAAGAUUGAAAAGUUGCAAAAGGAGACUAGAAAGCCAUUGAGAUUUGCGGUUAUUGGUAGUGGACAAAGUGCUGCAGAAAUCUACAGUGAUUUGUGGGAACGCUUCGGAGAGGAGACUGGUGUUACUGUCAAGUUGAUUGUCAAGGGUCAGAGUUUGAGACCCAGUGACGAUAGUCCUUUCGUAAACGAAAUCUUCGACCCCGACCGCGUAACCCCUCACUACAACCGCCCCUCCAAACUCCGUGCCGCGGGUAUCGUCCUCGACCGCGCUACAAACUACGGUGUCGUCCGUCUUGAGCUCCUUGAGCAUCUCUAUGACAAACUCUACAUUCAACGUAUCAAGUGCGAACGCACUGGUGCUACUCCCCGGGCAGCUAUCAUUGUAAACAGAAGGGUUAUUUCAGCUACAGCUUCUCCUUCUAAUGAUUCUCUGAGACUGAAGAUUGUUAAUGAGGAGGGAGCUGAGAAGGAAGAAGAGGAGUUGGAUGUUGAUUAUAUCUUCACUGCUACUGGUUACAGAAGAGAUGCUCAUGUUGAGAUUCUCCAAGGGUGCGAGGAGCUUGCCACAGGCGAGGGAAGUGAUGUUAAGGGAGAAAAUGGACUUGUAAAGGGCAAGUGGGGAGUAACUAGAGACUAUAGAGUUAAGGUGGUGGAUGGAAAGGUGCAAGAUAAUGUGGGAAUCUGGUUGCAGGGUUGUAAUGAGUCGACGCACGGAUUAUCCGAUUCUCUCCUUUCUAUCCUCGCCAUCAGAGGUGGAGAAUUAGUCCAGAGCAUGUUCGGGGAGCAACUUGCUCAAGAGGCACAGAACUAAAUCUGCCGCGCUUUUUUUGUCAUUCAAGAUACCACAGUAUGCUGUAGCGCAGCGGUUAAUUCUCAUAUAGAUCAUUACCGGUGCUCAGAAUAGGUUGUUGUUUUUUUGUUGUUUAUACAUAUUUUUUUCCCGAAUGAUGGUAUUAUCAGUGGAGGAGUAGAAGAUAAAAGUGAAUCAUGUAUAUAGGACUGGAGUUUGGGUUUGUGGAAUGGAGAUUUUGUUUAUACCUCUUGAUAUGUUCUUUACCAUCUUAUCAUGAGUAAUCCGUCUGAAAAGAUUGUGAGUAUCUACCGACCUUGUUUGAUGGGGUAGAUGGGAAACUUGUUGUCAUUAUGAGAUAUUCGUUGGGUAUUUCAACAACAAAGUUGAGAUGUAGCGGGUAAUUAAUCUUUACUUUUUAUUGAUAGUGGAAGAAAGUCACUGGGUUCCUGUCAAAUGUAAACAAAUCAAAGCCUAGGGCUUCA